AUGGGUGACAGUAUGCGGGUGUGGUUGAGGCUGUGGAUGAAGUUCGUCGGCCGAUCAUCGACCCUCCUCAUCUUGUUCUCCCUCUUCAACGUCUCCAGUGCCAAUCGCGAGGCGCUCAUGGAUGGAAACGGCGACUUUUUGCCUCAUAUCCGGUUGGCAAAGGAUCUGAUGGAUGCGAGGAGAUAUGAUUCGCGGGUGAGACCUGUGAUGGACCACGCAUCCUCCACAAAAGUCUACUUUUCAAUGUCACUCUAUCAGAUACUUUCUGUGAACGAAAAGCAGCAAAGCAUCGACCUAAACGUCUGGGUCAUCCAGAAAUGGAAGGACGACUUUUUGGGAUGGAACCCGAAUCUGUACGGCGGCAUCAACGUGACAAUUCUACCGUACCACGCCGUCUGGUUGCCCGAUACGUAUAUUUAUAACAGCGUGGUGAUGAACCGCGAGGAGACGGAGCGCUACAUAAACGUCGUGCUCACCUCAAAUUAUUACAAGGGCGAGCGGGGCUCCGAGAUUAAAUUCAUGUAUCCGGCAUUGUAUCGCACCAGCUGUCAGCUUGAUAUAAGAUUCUUCCCCUACGAUCAGCAGAAUUGUACGAUCGUCAUCUCCUCGUGGACCUCGUCUAAAUCGAGCAUAGACUACUAUCCGGAGGAGACGGAAGUCAGUCUUCUCCAUUAUAUCCCGAACGAGGAAUGGGUGGUCGUAUCUUUUAAGAUUGACAGAUUGGAGAAAAGCUUCCCGUGCUGCCCAGAGCCAUGGGUACUGCUUCACGCCCAUUUGGUGAUCCGGAGAAAGCCGCUGUACUACAUCGUGAACCUGGUCAUUCCCACCUCGGUCAUCACCAUGGUCGCUGUCACGGGCUUCUUCACAGCGGCUUCCACAUCCUCCGAACGUCGUGAGAAGCUCUCUCUGGGUAUCGAUUCCCUUCUGGCCAUGUCAAUUCUGAUGAUGAUGGUCUCCGAGCAGAUGCCCACCACCUCAGAUUAUGUGCCGUUGUUUGGUCUCUUCUACUUGACGAUCAUUUUUGUCAUCUUUCUCGGCACGCUCUUCACCGCAUUCAUUCUUAAUAUACAUCUUCAGAAAAUGUACUCUCGGCCCAUCUCCCCGAUCGUCACCUGGUUCUUCUUCCACAAAAUUGCCAAAUGGCUGAGUAUACGGCCGCCGACCACCUUGGUCGAGCUGUGGGCGGAUACUGGUGUUCGGAUAGACGGGGUCAAACCCAAGCCCAAGCCAAGCUACAAUCGACAUGCUAAUAACAAUGCCGCGGUAGCUGAUCGGCUGAUAAAACAGGUGGCCACUACCCCGGCAUCGCCAAUACGAAAACAGGCACCUGGGACGGCUAGAUCUGCCGAGGAAUCAACGUACCGUAGCGCGAUGGCUCGCUCAAAUUGGCAGCGACUGGCCAGGACGGCCAGCCAAAGGAGAUUCCGAACCCGUCUGACCAGUCUACCGUAUACCGCGACUACGAGUCACAAUUCUUCACGAAGGACCUCGGCCGGGAUACGGUCAUUGACACCCACAUCCAGGAGACCAUCCACCCUCCAUGAAAAUGAGCCGCUGUUGGAAAUGGGGCAUUACCCAGCCUCGGCCAUGCCAUCCAAUGCUUCGGAUAUUUCUCGAGGAGAUGAGCAUCGGUCCUCAAUGGCCCUGGUGGCCGCCCAGCAGAUGAAUGAGUCGCUCGUCAUUGAGAGCAAGCUCAAGCGCAGAUAUGCAUUGGAAUGGGAGUACCUGGCAUCAGUGCUUGAUCGUCUUCUGCUUCUCGUCUUUUCCCUCGUCGUCUUCAUCGUCACCUUCCUGAUGAUUCUCGUCGGAGAGGCGAUGCAUCUCAGCUAUGAACUCAACAAUAAC